AAGUGAUGGCUCCCUCUCGCGUAGAAUGGCCAAUCGAUGUAAUUAAUUCAUCGAUAACGUAUUGAAUUGAACAAUUUCUUAUGCAAAAAAAGAAAACAGAAUUCUUACUUAGAAAGCACCGUCGUUCUAGCUGUGAAGAUGUCUAAGCGCACCGCCAUUUUCAUCGUAUCUCCUCAGCCAAUGCACCCCUAGCUGCCGAGUGUCCUAGCGUGUGUAGAUGUGUCCUAGAUCCCUUUUAGUAGGCCUACGAAGUUGAAAAGAUCAUGGAUGGCCGAACUACAGUGCAAUAUUUUACAAUCUCAGACACAGCAAAACUAAUUAAACUCCGCACAGAACAUGAUGUCCUAUUUGAUUGCAAGACAAAGGGUGCUAAAGCAGCCUGGAGUUUAAUAUUAAAGGAGAUGGGCCUGGUCGGAGUUGUCACUACUGAGCAGCUGUCUAAAAAAUGGGAGAAUAUGAAAAGGAAAUAUAAGGAACUGAAGUGUCCUGCUCCUGGCAUGGAAAAAGAGGCAGCAAAGGGGGCCGUCACUUGGCAGUGGUUCAGUAUGUUGGACAAGGCCCUUGGGAACCAGUUCCCCUUACCUACAGUGGUCACAGCAGCAGAGGACAGCAGUGCCAGCCUGGAUGGCAUGGAUGAUCGAAGCACAGUGCAGUACUCCUACACUUUUACAAUUUCAGACACAACAAAACUAAUUAAACUCCGCACAGAAUAUGAUGCCCUAUUUGAUGGCAAGACAAAGGGUGCUAAAGCAGCCUGGAGUUUAAUAUUAAAGGAGAUGGGCCUGGAGGGAGUUGCCACUACUGCACAGCUGUCUAAAAAAUGGGAGAAUAUGAAAAGGAAAUAUAAGGAACUGAAGUGUCCUGCUCCUGGCAUGGAAAAAGAGGCAGCAAAGGGGGCCGUCACUUGGCACUGGUUCAGUAUGUUGGACAAGGCCCUUGGGAACCAGUUUCCCUUACCUACAGUGGUGACAGCAGCAGAGGACAGCUGUGCCAGCCUUUCCACCAAGAGAGUGUGCCUUGGACAACAGGGGAAUGAUGUCCUAAAGCUGCUCCCAAACACACCCCUGCCAGAUUACAUGGAGACUGAAGACACUCUCAGUAGUGACUACUCUGAAAGAGAGCCUGACAUGGACCUGGAGACCGAGAUGGCUAGCCUGAGGAGGGAGCGGCUGGAGUUGGAGGGGGAACAGGCAGAGGUGCACAGAGAGCGUCUGUUGCUGGAGAGAGAACGGAAACUCUUGGAGAGGGAGAGAACAGCCAUGGAGAGAGACGAAACACAACUAGGGAAGGACUGGGCCACCGUGAAACGAGACAGGGCAGUUCUGGAACAGGACAUGGUCAGACUCGAGAAGGACCUGGCGUCACUAGAAAGGGACAAGGUGGCAGUCGCAAGGGAGCGGGAAGAGUUAAGUAAAGACCGUGAGAACAAUAUCGCCCACUCUGAGGCCAACUCAUCGACUCUCGAGGACAGGCAGAAAUUGAGGUCUCUAUUUGAGAAACUCAUUGAGAAAUUCUAAACUCACUGUACCAAAAACAAUGAUGGAAGUUGAGAAUAAUUCCUGCUGAAGACAGCCAUACAUUACACUGAAACUGAACAUUGAAUGUAUUCACAGUACAUCACUUCAGGUAUUGCCACAUUAUCCUUUAAUUGAACAACAUACCUGCUGUUUUUAUCUGUGAGCCUCAUUGUGCGUGAUGUCAUUAUAUAAGCUACAUGGCUGAUAGAAAGAAAAUGAUCUGUGCCUGAAAUUAUCAAAUACAUUCAAAGACAAUAUAGAGAGUAUCCUUUCUCGACAUCGUACAUGGCCGAGCUCAAGCCUGAAUUCAGGCACCACGCCCGAACUCUAACAGGGCUGAAGCUAGUAUAGCCACAAUAUAAGCAAUAUUAGUGUUUUGACGGACCAAAGUGCAUUUCAUUUAAAGUAAAGGAAAACAGAUUUACAAGUCUGAACUGUUAAACUUUUGCCUUUUUGAACUGUUGGGACUUUUUCAUUCAUUCAUACCUUAGCUGGUCUUUGGUGGGCCAAAAAUGAUUCUUGUUUUUGUAUGGUGAC